CUAGAAAUCACGACUUCCGGCGCGAGGCCAGUCGUCGCACUUGUCAGGCCCAAUGGCGGCCCCGCUGCUCCACACGCGGUUGCCGGGAGAUGCGGCCGCUUCGGCCUCUGCAGUCAAGACGCUGCGCACAUCGACUGGGCUGUCAGAUAUGCUUGCAUUAGAAAAUGAUUUCUUCAAUUCUCCCCCAAGAAAAACUGUUCGGUUUGGUGGAACUGUGACAGAAGUCUUGCUGAAGUACAAAAAGGGUGACACAAAUGACUUUGAGUUGUUGAAGAACCAGUUGUCAGAUCCAGACAUAAAGGAUGACCAGAUCAUUAACUGGCUGUUAGAGUUCCGUUCCUCCAUCAUGUACUUGACCAAAGACUUUGAGCAGCUUAUCAAUAUUCUGUUGAGACUGCAGUGGUUAAACAGAAGUCAGACGGUGGUGGAGGAGUAUUUGGCUUUUCUUGGUAAUCUUGUGUCAGCACAAACGGUCUUUCUUAGACCAUGUCUCAUCAUGAUUGCUUCUCAUUUUGUACCUCCCCGAGUGGUCAUUAAGGAAGGUGACAUAGAUGUUUCAGAUUCUGAUGAUGAAGAUGAUAAUCUUCCUGCAAAUUUUGAUACAUGUCACAGAGCCUUGCAAAUAAUAGCAAGAUAUGUCCCAUCGACACCAUGGUUUCUUAUGCCAAUACUGGUGGAAAAAUUUCCAUUUGUUCGAAAAUCAGAGAGAAUAUUGGAAUGUUAUGUUCAUAACUUACUAAGGAUUAGUGUGUAUUUUCCAACGUUGAGGCAUGAAAUUCUGGAGCUUGUUAUUGAAAAGCUACUCAAAUUAGAUGUGAAUGCGCCUCGACAGGAUAUUGAAGAUGCAGAGGAAGCAGCAGCUCAAACUGGUAGUGGAAGAGAUGCCCCAGAAGGACUGUUUAAUAUGGAUGAAGAUGAAGAAACUGAACAUGAACCCAAGGCUGAUCCUGAAAGGCUCAAUCAGAUGGCACAUCCGGUAGCUGAGCGCCUGGACAUCCUGCUGGCUCUGCUUUUGUCCUACAUUAAGGAUGUCUGCUACGUAGAUGGUAAAAUUGAUAACAACAAAACAAAGGAUUUAUAUCGAGAUCUCAUAACCAUCUUUGACAAACUCCUGUUGCCCACCCAUGCCUCCUGCCAUGUACAGUUUUUCAUGUUUUACCUCUGUAGCUUUAAAUUGGGAUUUGCAGAAGCAUUUUUGGAACAUCUUUGGAAAAAACUACAGGAUCCAAAUAAUCCUGCCAUCAUCAGGCAGGCUGCUGGAAAUUACAUUGGAAGCUUUUUGGCAAGAGCUAAAUUUAUUCCUCUUAUUACUGUAAAGUCAUGCCUAGAUCUUCUGGUUAACUGGCUGCACAUAUACCUUAAUAACCAAGAUUCAGGAACAAAGGCAUUUUGUGAUGUUGCUCUCCAUGGACCAUUUUAUUCAGCCUGCCAAGCUGUGUUCUACACUUUUGUUUUUAAACACAAGCAGCUUUUAAGUGGAAACCUUAAAGAAGGCUUGAGAUACCUUCAGAGUCUCAAUUUUGAACGUAUAGUGAUGAGCCAACUAAAUCCUCUGAAGAUUUGCCUGCCUUCAGUGGUUAACUUUUUUGCUGCAAUCACAAGUAAAUACCAGCUAGUCUUCUGUUACACUAUCAUUGAGAAGAACAAUCGCCAGAUGCUGCCAGUUAUUAGAAGUACAGCUGGAGGGGACUUGGUGCAAACCUGCACAAACCCGCUUGACACCUUCUUCCCCUUUGAUCCUUGUGUGCUUAAGAGGUCAAAGAAGUUCAUUGAUUGUAUUUAUCAGAUAUGGGAAGACAUGAGCGCAGAAGAGCUUCAGGAGUUUAAGAAACCCAUUAAACAGGAGGUGGUGGAAGAUGAAGAUGAUGAUUUUUUAAAAGGCGAAGUUGGGAUUACACCCACCUCCUUUGACACACAUUUCCAAAGUCCUUCAAGUAGUGUGGGCUCCCCACCCGUGUUAUACCUGCCAGACCAGUCCCCUCUAACCGUGAGGAUCUGUGAUUGAAACAAACAUUCCUCCCCAUCUGGCCCUGCAGGACCAGGAGUCCUACUGUUUGAGCUUCACAUUGAACUGGAGUGAGUACAGGCGUCCUGCUUCCAAGUCAGACCUACUCUGGUGUCUGUACAGACAUGUUUGGGUUUUUGGUUUUUCCUUUUUGCUCCCAUACAAACAAAAGGAAAAGACUGAAUAUCGUUUCAGUGUGCACUGUUUUACAGUGUAACUGAUGAUGACUGCUGAAGACUUGGUCUGUUUGUUUGAUGCAUACAUUCUGUGUUACAGCUUUUUGACAUAAUAAUUGUGAAAUUUGUAAUACUGGCAAGACCCUAUUUUAAAAGAUUGCAUUUUUAAAAUAGGUUUUUGUCAGCCAUUGUUACAGGUCUUUGCUGAUUUGAUUUCUGUGAAAAAUCCUCUAGGACACUAUUUGAAGUCUUUAGCAUGAGUUUGUUUUGAAUACAUUGUUUAUCCUCCUCUGUUACUGUACCUGGCUUCGGGAUGGCAGUGGGGUGCAGAGAGGACAGGAGGAAAGGGGAAAAGAGAAGGGGGAUGGCCAGGGCUGGUCCCAGAUGCUGAAAGUUGGAGCUGGCACUGAAGGACAUCUCCAGGAACUUCAGAGUCAAUAAAAAGCCUGGAGGGAAGAGAGAGGAUUUAGAGAAACAGAAUCGGACAAAUUGUACAUGGGUGAGUAUAAAAAUGAAUUUAAAGAAAAAUGGAGUUCCAGGUAAAUGGAAUUUAUGUUGACUGAAAGUGCGGUAGAGCUUUUAUGGGCCAGUGCACAGUAUUGUACCUGGAGGUUCCCAGUAGUGCUGUAAGAACUGCAACUGCUUGCUGUUUGAAGUGGAAUGUUACACUGAAUUUUUUUUCUUAUUUAACUAGAAUCAGUUGGUCAUCUUGAGAAUUUCUUCACAGAUGGUGGUGGGGUGGGUAUUUUAGGGUAUUUGGUGGGAUGGUUUAGGCGGCAACAAGAGGCUGAGGUUACAGUUGCCGUCUUCGUGGAUUUCUGCUUAGUGAAGUCCUCCUCUGGCGGGGCUCUUUUUGUAUUUUUAUAACUAAACACUGAGGGAGAGGAGUCUAAACAACCUUGCUUUAUAACGAAUUUGUGCAGGCACUGCUAAGAGUCAUUUUGAAGUUCAUGUACAUUUUAGCUUCAUUCUUAUUUGUGUACUUCUUUGUUACUUGUUCAUAUGGACAUCUUUAAACAUAUUUAUUUUUCUGCCACUUUUCCUAUUUAUUUAAAGGCAGGCAGUAUUUUUCUUGAUCAUAAAUAUUUUGUAAUGAAAUAAUUUCUCUUUCCUAGGGCUUUGUAUGCUCUUGUAUAAUUAUAUUGGUGGCAAUGUAGGGUUCGAAUUUCAGUCUGUAAAUACGUUUUUGGAAAACAUUUUUAUUGCUUUAAAAAGUUUUGGAUAUUGGUGAUUUUCUUUUGGUGACUUGGUGGAACCUUUAGGUUCUCCCUUUUUAACUGCUGAGAAAAGGGUGGGGUUUUUGUAUACUGGAUAAAAUGAAUGAAAAUGUGUCCACAGAAGUUAAUUGUGAGUGGGGUCUUUGUGGCUUGGGAAAUAGUUUUAAUGUAAAAAGAUGUAUUUACCAAUGAGCCUGUUUAAUUUCGAAGCGGUUUGACAAAAAAAUCCAUUGUGAAAAUAGAACAAUGACAUGGUUAAUCUGGAACUUUUGUUCUUAUGUCAAGAAAGGGAGGUACCUCAAAUAAAGAGGCACCUCACACAAAUGUU